AUGUUCUCUCAGACCCUUCGUCGUGCUGCGGCCCAGACUGCUGGUGCCUACCGCUCUCCUUUCGCCCCUAAGUACACUACUCCUCUCAACUUCCAAGGCGUGACCGUUGGCGCUGCUACCAAGUAUGCCCAGAUUGCCGCCACUUUCGGUGCCAGCGCCGGUGUCUUCGCUCUCUUCUUCUUCGGUGAAGUUCCCCGUGUCCGCAACGACAUCCUGCGUCAGCUUCCCUUCUUCGACGAGUACUUCGACCGCUCCAUUGCCCCCGAGGACAACCCCUUCUAA